AUGUCGCCGGCUCAGAUUGCGGGUCUCUCGGUAGCAGCCGUUGCAGCUUUCAUCAUCGCCAUUGGACUGAUGGCGUUGAGUGUCUUCUUAAGACGGCGCAAAGAGCGGAAGAGCACGUAUCUGAAUGAGAAGGACCGUGAUCGCCGAAGGCAGCAGGAGGCGCGCUUCUCACAUUACGUUCCCAUGGACGAUGCGCCGGCACCUCCAGCUCGCUUCUCUAUCGGACCACCCCCCCCUCUUGCUUCGCGCAAUGCACCCAGAUACCCACGUCUUGUCACACCUUCACCUUUCAGCACACUACAGAUGUCAAAUCCUGGAACUGGCCGCACUGCGAUCCGGCCGGGCGUUGGAACUUCCAACAGUGGGGCUUCCGUUCCUAUGUCACAGAUUGGCCUUGCCAUUAGCGCGGAGCUCGAAGGCUGUCCUGCACCUGUCAAGUCGGCCAAGCAUCCAAGACAAAAGGUCACAGAAGAACACUUCAGACCCGUCAGCACGCGCACUGAGGCCACAGUGUUCGAGGAAGAUGAAGUCGCGGCCCGCCGUCGAUCAUCGAAGCUCCUUCCAACACCACCAGUACCUGUCAUGCCAAUCCGCAGUCUCCAACCCUCUCGACUUCCCUCAAAAGCACCAACAACUUCCACCAUAUCUUCAAACCGUGCAGGGCGGGGCUCGGAGUUGUUUCUUGAUAUCCCGGUCCGUCACGAGAGGCCAUUGCCCAAAAGGAUCGUACCAACAGGCCUGUCAUUGACCGGCUCUCCCGCACCAAAGCGUCCCACACCCCAACUACAGAUUCCCUCCUCCACCUCGCAAAAUACGAGUUCUACAUCAACAACUGCCGUAACUCCCGCCAGCGCAGCGGAUAUCCCCGACUACUACUUCAGCACCCUGCCGCCCCCACCGCGUGAUACCACACCCCGCCAGGACUCGGAUACUCUCCCAGCAGCAAAGGCCCGCCGAGCACCUCCCUCGUCCAGCACAACCGACUCCCGCACAGUCUCAAAGACAUCCACGCACCCAACCUUCCGCGACUCGAUCUCGUCCCAGACUUCCUUCGAGACCGCCGACCCCAACGACCCAACUCCAGAAGACGACUCGGACUCAAAGCAGUUGUCUGACGACAACAAACUCUCACCUGUUGCAGAGUCUCCAAUCCACGGUCUCAGAUACCCCAAAGUCCCACGUGCGUCGAACCAACUAGUGCCCCGCAGCUCCCCGGUAGGCUCUACCCGCAAUGGCUCAGUUCGGAUGGGCGGUUCGCGCCGCAGCCGCGAGGAGGGCAGAUUUUACGUGCGCCCGCCUCCCGAGGCGAGUUCUCUGCUCGUCAAGCGCCGCGGCGAGCGCGAGGCCGUCGACCUCGAGAAGAAACUCGUGCUCAAAGACCCGUUCACUACACCCACGCGUCGCCAGAUGCGGAACGCCAGCGAGCGACAUGAUGCUGGUAAGAGGAUUAACUCGUGGGAGCACACGCCGGCGUCGAAAAUCGAUGCUUAUGGCUCUCCUGCGAUGACCGUGCACGAGGCGGAUCGCCCGAGGCCGUUGAGCAUCGUCAAGAAGAGAGAUAGUGAUGCAGGGGAGAUGGUGGGACUGAAGAGUCCGGUGUGGAUUCCGCAUCUUACGCCGACGAGGAAAGGGGAUGAUCUGUUUAUUAGUGUUGGGUGGGGUGAUAACUUGCGAGGCGGGCGUCGAGGGUGA